GAGCCACGGAGCCAGGCUGAAGCCAACCACACCUCUCCCUCGCACGACCACUGCUCCCGAGCCCUCACAUCGCGCGAGGCGCGACCCCCCUUUCCGUCUGACCUAGCCGCCGGCUCCACUCCCGCGCCCCCAUGGAGAACGCCCGCUGAUCUGCCCAGCCGCCGGUCCUCUUCCAUCUUCUACACCUCGCCGCCGCCGUGCUGAUACGGUCUAACUCGCCGCCGCCCCGCCGCUCCGCCGCUGCUCCCGGUCAACCCGCGGCUGCCCCUCUUCAACCUCGCCGCCGCCAGCCCCAGCACGCCGUCACCGCCACCUCCGCCUCUGCCUCCGCUCGCUCGCCGCGCUGGGGCAGAUGAAUCCGGGAGGGCAGGCUCCGCUGGGUCAGACGGAUCCGGUCGGGCAGGCUGCGCUGGAGCAGAUGGAUCCGGUUGGGCAGCAGUGGGCGCCGAGAGGCCUGGCCGUACAAGCGGCUCCCGUACCGGCUCCCGGGUACGGGAACGGGCAGGCGGCGCCGGCGCCGGCGGACGGCUCUGGGGUGCCGGAUGGCCAGCCGAUGAGAUCCGUCGACAAGGUUCUGUCUCAUACUACUGCAACGAAUCCUUCUCCGGCUAAGGGUGCUUCAGCCCGCCGCAGAAGAAAUAGAAAAUCAGGUCCUACAUCGGCGACUAUUCCGGCCCCUCCCCCCUUGACGACCGCUCAAGUUCCCUGGAGCUUUCCCCGUGAACCAGCUUCAGCGGCUCAGGUUCUGAGUAAUCUAAAUGCUAGUCCCACUCCCACCGUACCCUUCAAAGCUGCCCCGACAAUGAUAUACAAGCCAUCAAAGAUCAGGAGGUCUCUUCAUCAGCAGUCAUCAAUCGUAGCUGCAUCUUCGGAAAACAAGAUCCUUCCUGCCAUUCGAGUCCGCAUGACUGAACAGCUUCGGGAAUCGAACCUGCAGCAUAUGUUCUCAGAUGGACACAUGUUCCGUGUGCAACAUAAUUGUGCCUAUUUCGAGUUUCCAACCCUGGAAAAAGCACAAGCGGCUGCUGACAGAGCUAAUAGGGGUGAAAUAUCAUUUGAAAUAAAGGUUGAUGUGGAUAGAUCAUCUGAUACACCAGACAGGUUACAUCAAGCUUUGAUGAGGGAAAAUGCUUCAACAGGAAGCCAGAUCAGAGAAGGUGCUUUAGCAGGAGGAAGCCAGUCCAGUGAAGUAGUUCCAGAUGGCCACGGCAGCAAACGGAAAUUUGAGGAUGAUGAUUUGGGGCAGCUCAUCAAGCGACAGAAGAAGGGAGAGAGUAGGAUAGGAAUGGACUUUUCUGCUUUUAAGUGGCAGCGAGUUGCCAAGUUUGCUGCUGUCAAAGGAAAUGAGUUUGUUGAGCUAUACAAGUUUGACCUUGCUUCAUCGUUUGGGUCAGUUUGCUCUUCGGCGUCCAUGUGCUCCAUCAAUCCCGUUGGCAGCUUGGUCUUCACUGGAAUUCUCGGUUACAUGGGCAAAGGUUUCACUGCAGGGCUGAGCUGGGGCGGCAAGAUCGAUUUGGACAGCCUAGUUAUUGCCCAUUACAUGUGUGCCAUCAUUCCUUAUCCAAGAGAAGCUGCCACAUUUGAGAAUAUCAGUAAGGAUGUGCAUGCAGUGAUUUACAGUUUGAUCGAGCUCUACAGAAUUGACAACAAGCUUCCACCGUAUUUCGAUGAUUUGGUUUCUUAUGCAGAGCGUAUCCCCAACAAUAUUGCUACAGACCCUGCAGUCCUUGAGGAAUUUCUGGUGGAACUGAUUAAUCAUGGCUCUUUCCAGCCGGAUCCUAACAUAGUCGCUGCCCUGCAAGAGUUCCAUAGCACCUUCAAAAACCUUGGUAUCGAUGAACAGGAAGAUUUUACUGAGGAGGCAGAGGCUGCAACUCUUGUCUUGCCAGCAAAUUGGCCAAAUACAGUUCAAACUGACAGACUACUUAGCUUGAUCUUCAGUCGCAGCCAUGCUCUCCUGAGAACUUUUGCUUCUGAAGUAGCGUUCCAUAGACAUUUUACCGUGCACGUCAUUGAUAUCAUUGUAACUCCGCAAGAGCUGCAGUGCGUCGUCUCCAAGCCACUUCAGCUUUUCCCAACGCCUAUGGAUCUACUGCAUUGGAUCUUCCACUUGUUUUUGAAAUGAAGGAAAGGAAUAUGAUCAUGGCGUACUAUUUCAGGACCUUGGAUUGAGAAAAUCAUCAGGUCCUUUAUCAAAUCAGAAUGUGAGGUUGCAGCGGCACCACUAGGAUCAGCUUAUGAGGUACAAGAAGAUUAUAGUUGUGACAGCUUGGUACAAGUAUUGAGUGGAACAGGGACUGCAGAGCUGACUUCAUGUUUAAACAUGUCAAUCCUGGCUAUGGGUAACGUCAAAAAAUUUCGGGACGGUCUGCCCAUAGGAUUGCAACAACAUCAGACACUUCAUGUCCAUCAAAGGCAAGAUGAAUUCACCUGUGUACGCUCUGUCUUAAAUGCUAUCAUUGAUGAUUUGAGUGGUCCGUCUAAGAAGCAGAUUGAAUCUGUGUCGCUGACGUUACUUAUGAAUGCUUUGGCAAAAUGUUGGUCUGGACACAAAGACUUACUGAUGGUCGGGCGAAAUUAUGCUGCCAAAGUUUUUGAGCUGAUUCUAAAGCUCCUACAUGAUUGUUACACUGUUUGUGGUGUAAACACGGCUGAGUCUUGCCACUGUCUGCCACAUAUUCUGUAUAGCAUUGAAGUGAAAUCAUAUAUGCUCACCUUCUUAUUUCCCGUCCUUAGUUUAGGAAAGUGGAAAGUUUUUUCCUUUUAUUUUAGGAAUUUUGGGAACAGAACAUUUCAACAAAGGAAGUCUUUCACCGGUCAAACAAGACGUAAGACUUAAUCUAAAAGAAAUUACUAGAUUGAAUCUAUUUGCAUUAAAAAAACCGAUCAAAAAAGGGCGAGCGAAGUAAGUGAUCGAAAAACUUUGUUCUUUGUGAGUGUCGAAAAUGUGGCCGCAGUUCUAGAGUUGAAAGGCAAACCCAAUUUACUCAUCAGUUGACAGCUGCUUCUACCAGAUGCAUUAAAAGCAAAUAUCCAGAAGAUUCCUUCGAUGUUUUACUAAAAAGGGAGAUGGAAAUAUCGAAGCUAUGCCUCAGUUGUUGUGAAACAACCUGUUUGAAAGAGUGUUUGGGACGCUGUCCACAUGCAUUUGUUGUUGCCUAGAAUGGUGCCACGAGGAGGCGGCUGGUGAUAUAGGUUUAACUUUGGGUGCCAUAUCUAGCAGCAUAGACUUGAGUGUCAUUUACGGUGCUCUUCACCAGAAUACAAAUCAUGUUUUGGUUUCAAUGUUCACUUGCACAUGCAGCUGUGCCACAGUGAGGGAAGUCAUUUCACAUGCUUUACCUUGGAGAAUGGGUCCUGGAUGUUCUAUGAUGCUGCGAACAAAGAGGUUGCAGGGCUCUGGGAAAACGUAAAAGAUAUUUGUGUCAAGCGUGUUCUUAAACCUCAAAUCCUGUUGUUUGCAGAACAGGAAUAGGUCAGAAGAGACGGAUGGUAGAUCUGUGUUUGCAAUAUUAGUCAUGUAGAAUCGUCGGUAGCAAACUGUAUGGGUGAUCAAUCGUAUCACGUACUGCUGAGAUGGAAUUUUGUGAAACGUGAAUUCCUGAACAGAUUAAAUCUGUUGUCUUUUACCCUCUUAUAUCAUUUGUCUUUGUUGAA